AGGAGAGAUGAAGGGACGGAGGAUUAUUUCCACAGAGGAAAGAGGAGGAGAAGGAUCAGUAGAAUAAAGCAGACCCGAACAGAACCAGUCCGGGUCCCGGAUCCGCACUGUGUCUCCCGCUUUUUAUUGGACUCAUCCCGGCUUGACUGGAAGUCUUCCCUUCGGUCCGCAGAUAGACAUGAACCCGUGCCGCUCUCUGGCAGCUGCUGCUGGAAGGACCGGCUGAUGACAGUGAUGAGGAUGAUGACGAUGAAGGUGCCCCCCCUGCUCCACGCGCUCCACCAGCGACCCGAGCCGGUGUAAGAUGCCACCGGGCUCCGGCGCUUGGCACGCGGCUCCGAUCGAGAGUAACCCGGGAUAGGUAAACACAAAAACAGAAGAAAAACACAACAACAAGCACAAGUCCGACACCUCGGGGAGUCACCCCGCCGGGACGAGCCGGGAGGGAGAGCCCGGGAUCAGUGAGCGGUGCGCCGGGGAGCGGAGGCGCACAGAGACGCGUAAAGAGCCGCAGAGAGAGGAGAGAUCCAGAGAGGUCCGCAGUGAUGCUGCUCCCGCGGCUCCCGGUCCUGUCCGCGCUGCUGCUGCUGCUGCUGGCGGCGGGACGCUGCACCGCGGCCGCCCUGCUCAGAAGCUCCGGCGUCCGGGCGGACGGGCGUCUGGACGUCCGCAACAUGCUGGAGCUGACCGGCCGCCACCAGAGGACGAGGGCGGAGCCUGCGGCGGGACUCAGCGGCCACGGGGUUAGAAGCCCGGAGAGGGCGGGAAGGUCACACCACGGACUGGAGGGUCAUCCCAGAGAUCCACGGCACAAGGAUAAGUUCAUCAGACACCUGACAGGUCCUCUUUACUUCAACCCAAAGUGCAGAAAACAUUUCAACAGACUGUACCACAACACCAGGGACUGCACUGUACCCACCUUUUAUAAAAGAUGUGCUCGUCUGCUGACUCAACUGGCCAACAGCCCUCGCUGCACGGAGAGAUAAACAGACUGAGAGACGCCUCUGACAGACGGGCGGUGUUGCCGUGACAACGAGGAGGGCAGGGCAUCCUAACGAGGUUCAUUUCCUAACGAGCGGCAGAAGUUUUCACAGCCAAUAGAAACUCCUCUGAGGUCGUGUCCUGCAGCCAAUGAGCUCAGCCGACUGAUCAGAGUGCACUGUUUUCUAUUCUACUCCAUUCUUUCACUUUCCUCCCGUUCUUUCUGGAUUCUACUUCUUCUCCACUCGGCUUCUACUUUCCACUGCGUGUCUCAGCUCCAGAGCAAGAUCAACGAGAUCAUAAGAGUUUACAGCAUGUAAGUUAGUAAACUGUGAUGUAAUCAGUUCAUAACACAACAGCGUGUAAAAGAAGAAGUUUACCUUGAGUUACUGGACGCGUGCUGAUCAGUCUGUUUCUGCUUUUCCUCCCUGCAAUAAGUAAACUGACCUCUGACCAGAUGUGCUGAGGUUUUAGUGAACAAUGGCUCUGUUAAUUCACUGAGACCUUCACAAUAAAAGCCUCCAGCUAGUUAGAAAGUGUAUAUAAGCUUGAUGAGUGAAGCAGCAGCAGCAGGAAACAGUGAAAUGAGGCUUUAAAGAAACUAAACCAAACACAGAGACUCAGGUAAAAUCCUAAACAGAGUUUUCUCUGUUCAGUUACCAGCACAAACACGUUGAGGCGUCAGACUGAGAGAGAGGCUUUGCUCCGAUGGAGGUUGUCCUCUCUCAGGCCUGAUACCAAGCAGCAUCACAACAGCGUGACUCUGCACAGCUGCCAGGCCUGCGGGAAAAACAACCUAAACUACCCGACUCUUCUUCACCAAACUUAAACCUGCAACAACUGAUUGUCAACUUGUUUACAGCAGAAACAAGUUGAGGACACAUCAUCAGCUUUUUAAGUCGGUAUAAGUUCAGUGUUCCCUCUCUCUCUUUUAGCUCAGUGUUUGGUCUCCACCUGCUCCUGAGGGAAACAUCUGGCUCUUUAGCUGCUAAAUGCUGCACCAGCUGUUCUGCAUGUGUCUGUCUGCUGGACCGUGGCUUUUUUACAGAGAGUGACCUGAAACAGUGAAGUUGUGUCUGGACUUCUUCUUCUAUUCUUUUCUAUUCUAUUCUAAUGUCCUUGACAACCCACCCACUGUGCUGUGCCUCUAAAUCCAGUCUACACAACCAGACUCACCUCAGCUGUGUUCUGCUGUAUUCUACCGGACUCUACUUGGCUGAACGCGCUGGCAGGAAACUGAUCUUCAGCCUCUCACGUUCAGACUGAGCAAAAAGUGGAUUUCUAUUUUUCCUCUGGAUGAGGAUUCUACUGGUUUCUAAUGGAGCUGCAGGAGUUUUGUCUGGAAAACGAGGAGCUGGAACGAGUUGUGUCGCUGCUCUGAAAUCAAGAGAAAUGUUUUUAAAGCUUUCUGUUUGCCCCCCGAGACUUUGCCACGGGACGGAUGUCUUCUUCCUGCUCUUGCAGAACAACAGUGUUUUGGUUUUUGUGUAAUUUUGGACGAUGGACGCCUAAAUUAUAUUUUACCUUCCGUUCGAAGCCGUAGGAGGAACUACACGGACAGAUCCUCCGGUUGGACCACAGCUAACUGUUCUGUCAUCCUGUGAGACAGAAACGUCCGAGAUGCUGAAUGUGUUUUAUGUUACAUGAUGCAAAAUAAUAAUAAUAAUAAUAAUAAUAAUAAUAAUAUAAUAAUAUUCCAGUGUAUUUAUAUUGUUGAAGCUGCCGCCACGUGUGAGGAACAGAGCUACCUGCAGCUCUGUGUGCAAUAUGUACAUACUGAAAGAGGAAUAAAGACGCACGUUUGAUAUAUAUGUUUUUCCAAAUUAAGACUUUUAUUUUGCGUUUCUUCGCUGAGUUAAAUCUCUAUAGCAGUUAUAUGUGUUCACGUCAGCCUGUGAUUGGAUGAAGUCCUGGAAUUUUUCUGUUUUAACAAAAUGACAAUCAGGUUGUUUAUUACACGAACGAUCCCAAAGUUGGUUCAGCUCCUUUAAAGAAUAAUUAACUCCAGGUUAUUUCAGGUGUUUGUCGGCGGCUGCUGGAGGAGCUGCUUGUCUCUGACAGGGUGAACCACAUAGCUGCACUGUUGACUUUGGCUGCUGCUGCACAGUUACAUGUUGAAAGUGAAUAUUUCCUCUGUGCUAUGAAGAAAAGAAAAGCUUGUCUGAUUAACUCCUUCGACCUCUUCAAACCAGCAGAACUUCACUUUGAACUUUGUGUGGAGACAUGUCGGCCUGGGUUUUGGCAAAUCAUGGCAUCAUCAGUAGCUACUAAAACAAACAGAUAUGAUGAUGAUGAUGAUGAUGAUGAUGAUGAUGAUGAUGAUGGUGAGGAAAAGACUGAGUGUUUUGCUUAUUGUUUGGAAACGAUAUCUGAAGAAAAAUGUGGUGUGAAUGUGUUUGCAGCUGUAUGAUUUUUUUUUUUUUUGGUCGGAUCGUUGCCAUGGUAACAGCUGUAGUAAUAAUAGCCACAACAUGAUUACCCAGAACUUCUUUAACCAGUUAAUGAUCUGUCUGCCUGUCUGCGUUUGUCUUCAUGUGCCUAAAAUAUCACUUACAGCCAUUUUCAUAGUAAUUAGGCAAACUGUCAAAGGUGUGUGU